AUGUCGUCCCAAAGUGGUGCAGCUAGCCGUAUGCGAUGGUGCCAUGUGCUCACCGUCAUGUUCGCUCUCGUGCUUCAUUCGUCCAUGGCCUUGGCACUCAACAACAAUGAUGUUAUCAAGACAUAUCCUGUUCCUCCUGGUGUUAUUAACGGGACUUCUUAUUCCGUCCUUGUUCAGUCUGCGAGCGGGCCAUUUCAACAAGUCAAUACCUUCUUCGCUAAGGUUGCCCAAGUCAACACAACCUCUGGCAAGGGUAUGGAGCACAACACCUCGGUCGCACUUUUGGAUUUUUCUCAGCCAGUCAAAUUCCGAGUUCAGUAUCAUAAUGGUCCUCUUAAAUCAGUGGAUAUCCGACCGCACUCUCUUGGUAUCCGUCCUCGAGUCGCGAACGGCGCGAUCGAAUUUUCGCUGUCUAAACCAGAGAACAUCCUGAUUCAGAUCAAUGAUGACUUGUUUGAUACUCUUCAACUAUUUUCAAACUCUCUUGAGAGCGAUAAAUCUAUGGACGACCCAAAUGUGAUUUAUUUCGGUCCCGGUGUCAACAACGGCACUGGAAUCAACAACGGGACCUUGUCUGUCCCAUCAGGCAAAACAGUUUACCUGGCAGGGGGAGGCAUACUUACCGCACAAGUUGCCUUUCACAAUGUGUCCAACUCUGCGAUCAUAGGCAGGGGUAUUCUUGCAGCCAAAUCAUCUGGUACUGUGCUGAUCGAAUAUUCCUCGAAUAUCAUGGUUAAGGAUGUCAUCAUGCUGAAUCCCAACGGCUAUGCAGUGAUCUCAGGAAGUUCGGAAAAUGUCACCAUAUCCGGUAUCCGCUCAUUCUCUUCCAAGGGAAAUGGCGACGGAAUUGAUAUCUUCUGUUCGCAGAACGUUUUGAUCGAAGGAGUCUUUAUGCGGAACUCGGAUGAUAAUAUUGCCAUAUACCAACAUCGAUGGAACUACUAUGGAGACUCCAAGAAUAUCACCGUACAGGACUCAUCACUCUGGGCAGACUACGCGCACCCAAUAAACAUUGGCACGCACGGAAACACUCCCAAUCCCGAGACCAUGGAUGGGGUGACGAUCCGAAACAUUGACAUUCUCAACCACCACGAGCCCCAGAUGUGGUAUCAAGGUUGCAUUGCAAUCAACGCGGGCGAUAGCAACCUCAUCGAGAAUGUCUACAUCGAAGACGUCCGAGUUGAAGAUUUCCAACUGGGUCAGUUGUUGAAUUUUCGAAUCAUGGAUAACACGAAGUACAACACAUCGCCUGGUCGGGGGAUUCGCAAUGUUGUGAUCAAGGAUCUUGUUUAUAACGGUCAUCAUGCGAACCCUUCGCAGUUCCUUGGAUACGAUGAGGGUCGGUUGAUCAACAACGUUACUUUCAUUAAUUUGACUGUGAAUGGUCUACAGGUCAACGAUGCCAUGCAGAAACCUACGUGGUACUAUACUGCAGACUUUGUUCCCUUGUUUGCAAAUGAGCAUGUAUAUAACUUGACAUUCAGAUCUGCCUAG